CAGCUUAAUAAUGCAAAGCCGUGAUAUAACCGUAGCUACCACUACGAGAUUUCGAUAAAAAAUAUAACCAUAACCAGCUGAUAGUAACCAACAACAUUUUAAUGGCUCUCAGGAUUUUGCGUUUUCCAAUAUCAACAAUUCAAGUUUCUGCUGCAGCUCUUCGGAACAACAAUUUUUCAAUUAAAAAUAUGUCUGACGAUUGGAAAAAUGCUAGUUCCGUGUAUGAUUUCACCGCAAAGAAUAUUAAAGGAGAAGAUGUUCCUUUGGAAAAAUACAAAGGUUUUGUAUUACUAAUUGUAAAUGUUGCUUCACAAUGUGGCUAUACUACUAAGCACUAUAAAGAACUUAUUGAACUGGAUGAAAAAUAUCGUGAGAAAGGACUCAGAAUAUUGGCUUUUCCUUGUAAUCAAUUUGGAAAUCAGGAACCUGGUGAUAAUGAAAAAAUUUGCAGUUAUGCUGAGAAAAAAAAUGUAAAGUUUGACUUGUUUGAAAAAAUUAAUGUUAAUGGCAACGAUGCUCAUCCACUAUGGAAAUAUUUAAAAGAAAAACAAAAAGGGUUAUUAUCUGAUGCUAUAAAAUGGAACUUUACAAAAUUUAUCAUAGACAGACAAGGUCAACCUGUAGAAAGACAUGCCGCUAAUGUUAGCCCAUUGGGUUUGGAAAAAAAAUUGGAGGAAUACUUUUAAUUAAUUUAUUUAUAUUAUUAUAUUAUUUAUAUUUAUAUUAUUAAAUUGUAAAAUAAAUUUGUUAGGGGAUAGAGCAACAUUUUCUUUUCUUAUUUGUUAUUCAAAUAAUAUUUUUUAUAGAUAUGUAGUACAAAAGUAAUAAAAUAUAGCAAAAAAUCUUGAAAUUUAUAA